AGUGGAGAAAUAGUAAAGAAUAUACAAAUAAACAAAAAAUUGUUUUAUAAAAAUUUUGCUAAUAAAAUUUCAAUUGUUGAGUGAAUAUGGAAUUUAGCACUUAUUUUAAUCAAAGUAAUUUUCACAUUCCCUUUUGUCACGUACUUCCAAAAUACAACAUUGAGUUCAGCAACAACAAAUGUCAACAUUCGUUUCCACAUAUCAAUAUUUAUCACUAUUUCCCUUUCAUUAUUCAAUUAUAAACAAAACAAAAGCAAUUUGCUUACCAUUGUAAAUCUGUAAAAUGUUUUAAUAUUUAUAAACAAAAUAAAUAAAAUUAAUUAUGUGUUCUAACAUGACAAAUACGUUUGAAAAUUGCGAAGACAUUUUUUCUGAUGCCGAAUGGCAAUUUUGGUGUAGACUUUGUGCUAAAGACGAUGUGCGAAAUAUAAAUUUAUACCCAGAACAAAACCAAACUACGAAUCACACAAAUGCCUCGCUCAUAGAUUUCAUAGCGGAGUUUUUUAAAGUUCAUAUAAGGCAGCAUGAGGAUUUACCGCAUUGGCUUUGUACACAAUGCUAUUCCCUGAUCUCAACCUUGUCCAAAUUCACAAAUCAAGUAAACAGAGUACAAAGUAUGUACAAUGAAAUACAAAGUACUGGCCAGAGCAAAGCGCUAGACUGCCGAAGUAUGCGAGAACAGUGUAAUUUACUUGAGUAUGAAGUAUUCGUGAUUAACAUAUCGGAUACCAAACCAACUAUUGAAAAUAUUUUUGUACCCGAUGCACCAGAAAUAAUCGAACCAAAGUCAUUAGAUGGUAUUGUAAAGAGUGAAAUAAUAACGGAUGAGAUACAAGGUGGCAUAUUUCUAAAGGACGUCGAUUUUACUAACGAGUACCAAGAUCCCAUUGGUGAUACAGUUGAAAGUGCAACUAACGCACUACAUAAUGUUGAAUAUCUGAACAGUAGCGUAAAAAACAGUGCAACAGCAGAAACUAGCAAAUUGUAUAUAAAACACAAUCGGCUGAAAAGUAAUAAAACUUCUUCAGAUGAAGAAACAAAGGCCAACAAACACUACUGCAAGGAAUGUGCAUUACAUUUCAAAAAAAGUAGCACUUAUGUUGUACAUAUGCGGAAAAAACAUGGCAUGGAAACACCUACCAGUUGCAUUACUUGUCCGCAAUGUUCGAGGACUUUUAAAUCGAGAUUCAAUUUGAAUCGUCACAUAAAAAUACAUCGACCUUUAGCGGAGAAGCGCAUCUAUCCAUGUCCACAAUGUGAUCGAAAAUUCCAAACUUAAGAUUAUGUGUUUCGACAUGUUAAGUUUGUACAUGAAGAAAUACGUCCGUUCAUUUGUGAAGAGUGUGGUGAAGGUACACAUAAUGAAACUACACUGCGUGAGCAUAUGCUCAAACAUACCGACUAUGCACCUUUUGAAUGCGAGGUUUGUAAGAAAGGAUUUAAAAGUCAAACACGUUUAAAGAAUCAUAUGGAGAUGCACAGCGCACACAAACAUAUCUGCAGCGAAUGUGGUUUGGAAUUGAACUCGCGUGUAACGCUCAAUCGUCAUAUGCUCGUACAUUCUGAUGAGAUGCGUCAUAAGUGCGACUAUUGUGGGCGUGAAUUCAAACGUGCGAAAACUUUAAAAACUCACUUGAUACUACACAGUGGCUUGAAGCCAUACUCAUGUGACUUCUGCGAUAAAACCUUUGCCAGUGGUUCCAACUGUCGUACACAUAAAAGAAAGUCACAUCCCGAAGAAUUGGCGGCUUCAGAGGCUGCCGGUGAGAAGAAAUUCACCAAAAAUAUUCCAAAAUUAGCGGUUUUAAAGACAGUUACGCGCACAGCUGAGAAUCUACUACCAGUGGUAUCUAAACAAAGUGGCAAUUUUUCUUUUGGCAAGAAACCGAAACCAGCAGCUAGUUGUAAAGAUGAAACACAACAAUGUAUAGAAAAUAAAACAUAAAUAUGUGCUAUGACGGUCUCUACUUAGAUAGUUGGAUAUAUGUAUGUAUAUAGAACCGAUAAACAUUUGUUGCGAAAAACUACGUUUAUCAGUAUUUGGUUAACUUUUUUAAAUUAUUGAUAUAAAAUGUCCAAUUAAUAAAGUGCAUAUAAACAAUGAA